UGCUCGUAACUACAUAUGUACUACUCUGCCACACACACAGCUGUGGAAAAUGCUUCUCAGGCAUAUUUGGAUGCCAACACCACUGCCACUAAUAAAAUGCCACCCACCCACCCCAUCCGACUUGGUCUGGCUCUCAACUUCUCCGUGUUCUACUACGAGAUUUCAAACAAGCCAGACAAAGCCUGUGAGCUUGCUAAAAAGGCAUUUGAUGAUGCUAUUGCGGAGUUGGACAAUCUGAAAGAGGACUCUUACAAAGACAGCACUCUCAUCAUGCAGCUCCUUAGGGACAAUCUCACUCUUUGGACGUCUGAGAAUCAGCAAGGAGAGGAGGAAGAGGAGCCCCAGAAUUAGCGUUUCUGAAACACUAUUUUCACAUGACUUAGUUAUAAUUAUCCUCUAGGGUGGUGUACAUUUAUUGCUUGUAUAGACAUAAUUAUGACACAUUAUAAUAUACUUUGUGUGACGUGAACUUAAACUUAAUUAAUAUUCUUGGACUGUUAUGA